AUGGUGGAUACGGUGGAUACGGAAGAGACGGUGGUCAUCAGCAAUUCAUUUCCCCGGGCACUCCUUACGUUCAUCAAAACAAUCCGGACGUUGGAGGAUAUGGUGGAUAUGGUGGUUAUGGUGGAUAUGCUUUUCAACUCUUUAGAUGAACUAAAGAAACGGAUAGAAGAAAUAGCAAAUGCGGAUGGUUUCGUUAUUGUCACCCGUCGAUCAAAGAAAAUCGGGGGAAGAACCGGGAGAGUAUGGCUUGAAUGUGAUCGUGGUAGUGAGCACCAGACUGGAAAAGCCGGAAGCAAAAAAACCGGUUGCCCGUUUUACCUGCUGGCUGUGCGAAACCACCCGUAUGAAACCUGGGAGAUAAAAGACGGAAAAAUUGAACAUAACCACGAACUUUGUGAGGACCUGUCGGCCCACGCGUUUGUGCGAAGGUUUACUCCAAGCGAAAUGAAACUGAUCGAGCAGCUGGCAGCUCAAAACAUGGAGCCGCGCAAAAUAUUUCAAACAAUAAGGAAGCAGGACCCCGACAGGUUUCAUGUUCAGAAAGACGUUCAAAACGUUGUGGCAAAGAUUAGAGCCGAACAAAGACAAGGAUUGACUCCCAUGCAGUCACUAGAAAACAUGUUGAUAAACAACGACUUUAUUUACGAGACACGGGAGGAACCCGGAACAGAGAUCGUAACAGAGAUCUUCUUUCUUCAUCGGUACUCGAGAGACAUGUGGCGUGCAUUCCCCCGCGUCAUGCUGAUCGAUGCGACAUACAAGACAAAUAUAUACAAUAUGCCAUUUAUCCAGAUUGUUGGUUUGACGCCUACCAACAAAUCAUUUAUUAUCGCGUAUGCCGUUGUUAGUAAAGAACGGGGUGAUAACUUUGUGUGGGUGCUUGAGAGGGUCAAGUCAAUGUUGGAUGAAUGUAUGGAGCCACGUGUGAUUUUAACGGAUAGAGACCUAGCCCUUAUGGGCGUGUGUGCUAAAGUAUUUCCAGACGCCUCCAGGCUUCUUUGCAGGUGGCACAUACAACAGAAUGUUAUGAAGCACUGCAAGGGAGUCUUCAAUUACAUGUACGAUAACUGGCUUAAAGACUAUAAGGAGAUGUUCGUCUUUGCGUGGACCGAUAAAAGGCGCAACUUUGGUAAUCGUACCACAAACAGAGUUGAGAGCCAACACACCAACUUAAAGAGAUACGUCCUAGAUAGGAGUUCACUGGACCGUGUAGUUGGUUGUGUCCGGGAAAUAGUUGAGACACAGUUCAGUGAAAUAAGGAAGACUUUUCGAGAAAGCAUCGAAAAAAGAAUGAACCACCACAAACACCCGCUGUAUCAACACCUACUUGGAAAAGUAUCCCAUACAGCCCUUGACUUGUUGAAUGGAGAGGCAAUUAGGAAGCUAGAUGUCUUGAAGCGCUUUCAUUCAUCAUGUGGUUGCCAAAUGUGGUACAGCUGUGGGUUGCCCUGUGCUUGUAGAAUAGGAAAGUACAUGCGUGAAGAGCGUCCGAUUCAACUCGAAGACAUAGACGUCUUCUGGCGGAAACUUAACUUCCAAUGUUGUAAAUUGAUAGACGAUGACGUUGACGUGGUCGAAGAGCUAAAUAUUGUUAGACAACAAUUAGAGUCGCACCCCCCAGCUCAGCAAAAAAGCCUGAUGUCAAAGAUUAAAGCGGUGUUGACUCCAAAGAAAUCUACCAAGAAACCACCGGUUGUCCAACAAAAUACUCGUCGCCGACCAACAACAAAGCAGGUACAACAAAGGUCGGACGAGGCCUCUCGUAUAGAUGAAGAAUUGAGGAGAAGCUCCUUCGGUGAUGCAAACACGUGUUUUGAAGGUUCCCGACAAAGUAAGUACGAUAAACCUCGCCAUAGCUCGUACGUUCCGUCACAGGCCUCUCAACAGUCGGUUAUGUGA